AUGAGAGCGCAGACACAGACUGUGGAUUAUAAAGUUAUGUUCACCAAUGAGAGCGCUGGCCCUUUUCCCCUCUUUUUAAGAGUAGGUAUCCAGGGUGCAUCUUCAACAAAAGAAGAUCGUCCUAAAUCUCUACCUUGCGGCACCCCAAAUGCAAACCCCUCCAAUCUCAAGCAAUUGCUCGUUUCCAGAUUGUUCGUCAAGAAGUGUCUGGGUUGCUCGGAACGGGUGACUCCGGAAGAGCUGGUUAUGCGCGCCAGCGACAACAUAUUUCACCUGCGAUGCUUCGUUUGCGUGGUGUGCGGCAUCAGGCUGCAAAAGGGCGACUUGUACGUCAUCAAGCAAGGCCAACUGUUCUGCCGAGCAGACUACGAGAAGGAAGUCGAGAUGAUGCAAGGAUUCGGGUACGGUGAAUUCAUUUGCGAGGAUCUACUGCAAUCGCCGAGAUCCCACGACGGCAGAAGGGGCCCGAAAAGGCCUCGCACGAUAUUGACGACGUCACAAAGAAGAGCCUUCAAGGCCUCCUUUGAAGUCAGUCCGAAACCUUGCCGCAAAGUCCGAGAAACUUUGGCCAAAGAUACCGGACUCAGCGUACGAAUAGUUCAAGUUUGGUUCCAAAACCAGCGCGCGAAAAUCAAGAAGAUCCAAAAGAAAGCCCGACAGGAUAACAAAGUGGCCAAAGAUCCGGAAAACGAUGAAAAGAAGUUCAAUGUGAAAGAGGAGGAUCCCAGUCCCAGAUCAACUCCUUUCUUCAACGACAGCUGCAGCGACACUGAUACCACAGCAGGAGACGAUGCCUCCUUACAAACACCAUCAAGAGACCACCAUUUUAUCAGCAUAAAAGAAGAAAUCGAAAACGACAAUCCAUUUUUCAAAAGCAGCGCCAACUUGGCCCUCCACGCAUUCACAGGUCUAGAAGUGGGCAAAAGAAGGGACAAAAACUACCUGGGCAUAUCUUUUCCAUCGGUUCUGGAUUCCGGACAAGCCCAUCUGUUCUUGAACCCACCGGUGGCCCAUCAAAAUCCACCGCAAACCCAACCGGGGCUAAACCCCAUUGACCGAUUGUAUUCCAUGCAGAAUUCGUAUUUUUGCGCUGAAGAUCCGCCUAUGGAACCUUAA